CUUUUCUUCAGGCGAAAACUAACCGCUUCGUCUUGAGUGGUCUGGUCUCCAAGGCGAAAUGCUCAAACGCUUAAAACCUCCCAAAGCCCCGUUCAAUCGAUGCUCCUGCACCGGAGACGGAGACCCAAACCCAAUCCGCUCCUCCGGAAAUCUCCCCCAACUCCGGCCCGAAUUUCCCCGCCUCCCACCGAUCGUCGCAGCUCGCCGGCGGAGGCUCCACGGGCUCUAAACCGUCGCCGCCCUCCCCUGGAGCCGGCGGCGUACGCGGCCCUCCUCCGGGCGGCGUCAAGGGCCCGGUCCCUGCCGCUGGGCAAGCUGACCCACUCCCACAUGCUCCGCGCCGGCUACAGGCCCGGCCUCUUCCUGCGCAACAACCUCCUCGCCGUCUACUGCCGCUGCGGCGACAUGCGGCACGCCCGCCUCCUGUUCGACGGAAUGCCGCGCCGGGACGCCGUCACCUGGAACACGCUCAUCGCGGGCUACUCCUCCUCCUCCGGCGGCGGCGGCAGCACCGGGGGCGGAGCCACGACGCGCCUGGCGCUCGCUGCAUUCCGUGACGCGCGGCGGGAUGGUGUAGCCGUGGACAGGUUCACCUACGCGGCGGUCCUGGCCGCGUGCGGCGGGGCGGGGGAUGGGAGGCACGGGCGGGCGGCGCACGGGAUGGUGGUGGCGAGCGGGCUCGCGGAGACCGCGUUCCUGACCAACUCGGUCAUCGACAUGUACGCCAAGUGCGGGAUGAUCGACGAGGUCAGGCUGGUGUUUGAUCGGGCCGAGGAGCGGGACGAGGCAUCGUGGAACCUGCUGUUGUCGGCGUAUGUGCGGAUGGGGUGGCCGGAGGUGGCGGUGCACGUGCUCGUUUGGAUGCACAGGUCCGGGGUGAAGCUGGAUAGCUUUGCUUUGGGUGGGAUCCUGAAGGCUUGCUCGGAGCUCGAGGGUUCCGAGGAUGUUCGAAGGAUGCUGCAUGGUUGUGUGGUUAAGGUCGGUUUGGAUUUGGAUAUGUUUGUGGGUAGUGCGAUGGUGGACAUGUAUGCCAAGAAUGGUGGAUUAGAGGAGGCAAUCAAGGUAUUUGAUUGCAUCCCGAAUCAAAAUGUGGUGGUUUACAGCGCCAUGAUAGCGGGGUUUGCUCGGUUAGGUAAUGACCCAUGCCCUGAGAUUAGAAUCGAAGCAAUCAGGCUUUUCUCAAACUUGCUUCGGAUGAGGAUAAAACCUUCUAGGUUUACGUUCAAGAGUGUACUUGAAGUUUGCAAUUUGACCAAUGCACUGCACUGUGGGAGGCAGAUACAUGCCCAUGUCAUAUUCAAUGGGUUUCAAGAGGAUGAGUUCAUAGCAAAUGUGCUGAUCAACUUGUAUUCAAAAGCACGGUCAGUAAAUGACAGUCUGCGAUGCUUCCAUAUGACGCCCAAACAAGAUGUCUUCACAUGGACAUCCAUGAUUACAGCAUUUGCGGACAAUGAGAAUUUUGAGAAGUCACUAGACUUGUUUAUAGAGCUUCUUAAUGUUGGAAACGAGCCAGACCAGUUCACCUUAUCGAAUGUGAUGAAUGCAUGUGCUGCUCUGAGUAUACCAGUGACCUGUAAGCAGAUACACUGUUAUACGGUCAAAUCUGGACUUGAUCAGUUCACUGUGUGCGGAAAUUCUCAGAUUGCUAUGUAUAGGAGCAUGGGUGAUCUUAAGGCUUCAAAGAAGACAUUCGAGCAGAUUACAUGUCUGGAUACUUUGUCAUGGUCUACUAUGGUUUUGAGCUAUGCUGUCCAUGGCCAUGAAAACGAGGCUCUAUUGCUCCUCCAGAAGAUGAAGGAUUGUCGUGUCGGGAUAAAUGAUAUCGCUUUUCUUGCUGUUCUCAUUGCUUGCAGCCAGCUGGGGUUGGCAGAUGAAGGUUUCAGGCAUUAUGAUAGCAUGAAAUCAGAACAUGGCUGUGCCCCGAAUUCAAAACACAAAGCUUCCGUAGUCGACCUCCUUUGUCGUGUUGGGAAGAUUGCUGAGGCUGAAGAUUUCAUACUGAGGUCUGGGUCAGAAAAUGACCCUAUUCUUUGGCAUGCACUAUUGCGUGCCUGCAGAAUCCAUGGGGAUAAAGAGAGAGGUAUAAAAACUGGAGAGAAAUUAAUGGAACUCGAGCCCUUCGCUGCGAGGUCAUAUGUGGUGCUGUACAACCUGUAUAUGGAUGCAGGCAAAAUCUCAUUGGCUAUGAGGACAAGAGGUCUAAUGAGAGAGCGAGGCAUGAGUAAGGAAACUGGGAUUAGUUGGGCCGAGUUUGGUGGAUCUAUCCAUUGUUUUGCUGAUGGAGAUAACUCCUGCUUGCAGAAUACUGCAGUUCACACCAGACUGGAAGAGUUGUUAAUCAGGGUGAAACAGAAGACCGAGCGUGGUGGAACGGACAUUUGGGAAUUAGGAUUCCAAAGCAGAAAGGUUGGCAAGAACUCACUCGGCAGACAUGGUGAACUAUUGGGGGUGGCUCUUGGGCUGUCCACUUUCCCAUCUUCUGCUCCUGUAACAGUUAUGAAGAACCAGAGGAUAUCCUGGGAAAGCCAUGAAACACUGAAGUUGCUAUCGGAAGGGGAGAACAGGGAAAUAAUUGUCAGAGACCUAACUCACUUCCAUCAUUUCAAUCAAGGUUCAUGCUCCUGCAGAGACUACUGGUAGUCAAAAAGUUAUCCAUAAUCUUGGUAGUACAAACUUUAGAAGGGUCAGCGGAACAGUUUGGCCGUUCUUCGCAGGUGAGGUUGCAACCGGUGUAUGGCAGAUAGCGCAACUCUAUUUGCAAGUAAAAUACGCCACAGUUCCGAUUGGUAUAGGCGGGAAUGAGAGGAUUACUGUAAAUGUGGGAUAUGGUUACAAUAGACGGAGCAAAAGCUGUAUCCAUGCAUCAUAAAAUUGUGAUCAACGAUGUCCAACUCCAGCCUCACAUUGUUUUGCAGCUAUGUGCUGAAGGUCACAAGUUCAUCUCUGAUGAAACCAUGAAACAGCGAAUCAAAUGUGUUUGUUGCUGCUGAAGAUGCAAAGGUGCCUAGAACUCUAGCAGCUGUGGUCGGCGGUGUUAACAUUCAGAACAAGUUCCUGUUGCAGAGAGAACUCUUUGCGAAAGGGAUAAUGCAUUGCACUCUCACCAAGCUGAACUAGUUGAGAAUUUUUUUUGGAUAGGCUGAGAUUAGCAGGUAUAGUCACACACAAAUGAUACAUUUAUAUGCAAGAAGGCUAAUGAUAUUUUGGUAUAGGUUUCUUGCACCUAGGAAAAUGUAUGUAGCUAGGACUAUGAAACUUCAUUUGUUGGUUCAUAUAUCAUGCAAAACACAUCGCACUC